AUGUCAGACCUAGCCACCCGCCGCCAAAUCUGCGAAGACACGAUUAAGAGAUCUGAGCAUGUGACGGCAACAACACCAGGAGCUUCUCUGUCCAGUGCUUUUAUCACAGACACCACAUACGCGCCUCUCUCACCCUUGGGUCCCACAUUCCCAGCUUUAACACCACAACACAUCGAAGUCAUUGAUUCGGACACCUUUCUGUGCGCAAGAACCUUGCUAGGUCCAAACCCGUCUUUGCAGAAUAAACUGGCGGUGCUGAAUUUGGCGUCUGAUGAAGAGCCUGGUGGUGGAUGGAGGUAUACGUUAAGCAAGACGCAGGAAGAAGCCUUGUGUUAUUCGAGUACGCUAUUUCAGACGUUAAAGAGGGAGUGGUAUCCUUGGCCUAAUACCGGAGAUGGGAGUGUUGCAGGUAUCUUCUCGCCUAGUGUGGUGGUGUUCAAAGAUACUCUGGACAACGAGUGUGCUGAGUUGGAUGAAGGAGAAAGAGUACUGGUGUCGGUCGUUACAGUCGCGGCGCCUAGAGGUCCUAAGCUUACGAGUGAUGGUCAAGAGUUCAAGGAUCAGAAUGUGUUGGAGGAGUUUCGGGGCAAGAUUAGAUUGGUGUUGAGGUGUUGCGCCAGAGAAGGCAAGACGACAUUGGUGUUGGGUGCGCUGGGGUGUGGUGCUUAUAGGUGCCCGCCGCUGCUGGUUGCGAGAGAGAUGAAGCAAGUACUGGAGGAAGAAGAGUUUGGCGGUUGGUUUGAGAGGGUGGUGUUUGCGGUUUAUGCUGCUGGACCUGUGGGCAAGAGGAAUUUUGAGGUGUUUCGGGAGGUGUUUGGGAGUGGGCCUUGA